CAAUGAUUGACAGAAAGAGAGAGAGAGACUUCAUAAGAACGCACACGCAGCGCCAUUCGUCUCUUCAGGCGUUCACCAUGAGGACCGGAGUCGCUCUGCAGCUGGGCUUCUGUGGCCUAUGUCUCACGUUGGUGCUUCUCGGAACUGGAAUGGGGGUGGAGAUUCCCGAUCCGCCGGCGGUGCAGUGCGUUUGGGGCCCCUGGUCAGAGUGGAGCUCGUGUGAUAAUUGCACAAAGGCCAGGAGGCGCUCUCGCAGCGUGGAAGUGUUCGGCCAGUUCGGCGGUAACCCCUGCCACGGCUCGACGGGGGACAGGGAGGCCUGUCCAACAGACGGCGGUUGCAUCAAGCCGCCUGCGCCUCUGUGCUCCGACUCCAACUUCCAGUGCGAGUCAGGUACUUGCAUCAGCAAAAGACUGCAGUGCAACGGGGACUACGACUGCGAGGACGGAUCGGAUGAGGACUGCGACCCCAUCCGCAGGCCCUGCGGCGCGGCCGCCCUGGACAACAACGAACAAGGCAGGACGGCGGGAUACGGAAUCAACAUCUUGGGCGUGGAGCCUCGAAUGAACCCCUUCUACAACGACUUCUUCAACGGGGGCUGCGCACGAGUGAGGAACCCGUACACCUCCAAGCACGACCGGCUUCCCUGGAACGUCGGCGUGCUGAACUACGAGACCAUAGUGGAAGAAACCGCCUCCAAGGAAAUUUAUGAGCACGCACACACCCUCAUGAGAGAACUGAUGAAAGAGAGCAGCAUUAAAUUUGAUGCCGGAGUUUCCCUCACUUUCGCCUUGAAUUCGGCACCCGCGACCGAGGGGGUCAACUCUUCUGCAAAGAUUGGGGCGAACUUCAAUUUCGACAGGAACACCAUGAUUAGGGAGGUCAACACCUACUCAACAAUUAAGAACAAGAGCUUCAUGACGGUGAAGGGCUCCGUGCAGCUGAGCACCUACAGGAUGCGCUCCCGGGAUCUCAGGACCGCCGACGAGUUCCUUGAGCAUGUCCGAUCUCUGCCCGCGCAGUACGAGAGGGGCGUUUAUUUCGCCUUCCUGGAGGACUACGGAACUCACUACACCAAAAACGGGAAGACCGGCGGCGAAUACGAGCUGGUCUACGUCCUCAACCAGGACACCAUCAAGAAGAAACAUCUGACGGAGAGAAAGAUCCAAGAGUGCAUAAAAGUAGGCCUCACGGCGGACAUCACGAGCGUCGUUCCGGUCGAGGCACACCUCAAUUUCGAGAAGUGCGAUCCUGUGACGAACAAAGCCUCAGUUGAUGAUGAGGGGAAAGCAACGGUGGACAAGGUGCUGACGUCGGUCAGGGGAGGCACUCUGGAAAGUGCGGUGGCCAUGCGGGCCAAGUUGAAUAGGGACGGCGUGAUGGACAUCGCCACCUUUCAGAACUGGGCCCGGACGCUCGCCGACCUGCCGGCGCUGCUCUACAGCGAGCCAGAGCCCAUCUAUAAUUUAGUUCCACUGGACAUGCCUGACGCUAACACCAGGAUAUCAAACCUGAAGCGGGCCACUGCCGACUACGUUGCAGAGUACAACGUGUGCAAGUGCAAGCCCUGUCACAACGGGGCCACCCUGGCCCUGCUGGGGGGGGAGUGCGUGUGCCUUUGCCCGUUGCUGUACGAAGGCCUGGCCUGCCAGAACCACAAGGCCGACAGAGCUCCGAACCCGGGUACGAGACCGGCUGUAACCCAGGAGGGCAACUGGUCGUGCUGGUCAAGCUGGUCCGGCUGUGAGGGAGCGAGGCGCACCAGGACACGCAGCUGCAACACCGAUGGGCUCCCGGGAGCUGUGUGCAGGGGAGACACCAGCAAUGAAGACCACUGCUGAGAGGAGGCUACACCUCUGACACACACACACACACACAGAGCCACAGAUUUGAGCAUUUCAAGCCAGUGACAUUCUUUGUUAGGAGAACAGAGCCAUCUUGAGGUCAGUAAUAGAUAAUGCAGGUUUUCAUGUCUUGUUAAUUUCUUUUUUAUUUUAAAGUUCGAGGAGACAAUAUCAACGGCAAAUAGGUAUUUAGCGUGAAUGUGAUUUUUUAAACUUAAAAAAAGCAGUUCAAAUCCACUGUUUGGUUUGAAUAAAGAUGUUUUGCCACGGUC